AUGAGAUAUUAUAUUGAAAGUCUCGAGGGAAAUAAAAACACGUGGAUUGCUCACAAGAAUAUAUUAAAAAUCGGAAUAAACAAAAGAACAGAUGAAAGAUCUAACACAUCAUAUGAUAUAAUAAGAUAUAAUAAUGAUUAUUUUUGGAAAUGGAUAAGAGUACUAAAUUAUGAGAUAAAAAAUGAACUAUGGAAUAAUCCUAGUUAUUUAAUAUUACACAAAUAUUUGACAUAUGAAAAUAAAAGUAAUAUACAUGAUAUAUCGAAAAAUGGAUUAACAGAAAUUACAAGAAUGAAUAAAACAAGUAAAGGAAGUGAAAGUACUAAUUACCGAAUUAAACGAACUACUAAAGAAGUUGAAGGAAGACAUAAUAUUAUAGAUAUUAAUUUGAUAAAGAAUAAAAAUUAUUAUAUCUGGAGGGAACUUCAAAAAAACGUUUUGGAGUAUAUGCUGAAAUAUAAUUCCGAUAAAAAGAAUUAUUUUCAUAUGUCAUUUGAAUGGAAUACUAUUAUUAAUAGUUUUUUAGAAGACGAAUUAAAAAUAAAGAUAAAAGAAAAAGAUAGGAAAAUAGAAGAGAUACUAAAAAAAGGAGACUUGCCAUAUAUCCAUCUUAAUAUAGACAUAGAUAAAUUUAUAAAAGAAAAAUUAAAAGAUAAAACAAAAAAUAAUAUAAAAGAAGAGUUAUUAAAAAAGAAAAUAGUUCAAAAUGGUAUUUGUGAUAUUCUUACUAUUGAUAAAUCAUUAGUACCUGUAAGAAGACAAACAUUAAAUACAGAUAAUAUUUUACCAAAAUUAAAAGAUAUAUAUAAUAAAUAUAAAAAGAAUCAUAAAAAAAAAAAUAUUACUAAAACGUUAAGAGAAAAAAUUAUGAAAGAUCUCGAAACAGUGAUAUCCGAAAAAAUAUAUAUAAAUGAUGAGGUUAAAAACAUUGAACCUAUUACUAGUUUUGAUGAUUACAAAAAAUAUUGUAAAGAUUUAUAUAGGAAUAUGAACGAUUUGAAGGAUAUAUUUUUUACAAAUGACAUUGUAGAAGAUGGGAAAACAAAAGAAAUACAAUGUAUUAUAAAAAGUAUUCGUGAAAUAGUCGGAAUCGAUUAUUUUAAUAAUUAUAUGGAAAGGAUAAAAAUAAAGGAAAUGGAGGAAUUAAAAGAAUAUGAAAAAAUCAAUUUAUUAAAUGGUUUGAAAGAAAUUGAUGAGUUGGAUAAAUCUAUAAUUUCUGAUAAACUUGCAUGUGCAUAUUUUUAUAAGGAUGAACAUACCUAUCCUCAAUGUUUUAGGUUCUUUAAAGAAUGGUUAGAAGACGUUUCAAACGAAAAAAUGAAAUGGGAGAUAUAUUUAAACCAAAUAAAAGAUGAUGGCAAGAAUCAAUAUGAAAUGUAUUUACAAAUGUAUCAAGCGUAUUUAUAUGAUGCUAGACAAAUCUACAACAUUUUUGAAAUAACAUGUAACGAUGAAAAAUAUUCUGGAAAAAUAAAUUCUGAAGAAUAUUCAAAGAUAAUGUAUAACAUUUGGAAUAGUUUAAAUAUCAAUACACCACAUGAUAUUUAUAAUUUUUUUAAGAUACCCAAAUAUUUGUUAUAUGAAGAGGGACCUCGGGAGGUAAAGGCUGAUUUAAAAUCAGAGGAGCAUAAAACUAGAAGAAGAGGUAGUACAGCUAAUAAUAAUGAUGAUGAAGAAAGGAAUGGAUAUUUAGAAAGUCGUAUAGAAUUAUAUAAAAAUCAUAAUGUAGUACCACAUCAUAUUAAUGAAGAUCUUAGUUUAGAUUUGCCUACAAUAUUUGCACAUUUGAUUCUUUUUAAUGAAAAAGAAGCUAAAGAUAUGUCAGACCAUAUAAUUUCCCAACAAAAACGUUAUUGCUCUACCAAUAUUCAUAGUAAUUAUAAUAAUAAAAUAUGUAUAUGUAAAAAUAAGCGACAUCAUAACAAAAGAGGGAAAGGAAUAAAGCAUCCUGACAUACAUCAAAAGGAAGACGAGAUAAAUAAGUGGGAUAAAAUGAUUAAGAAAAAUAAGAAAACCUAUUAUUUACCUGAAGGGAUUUAUGUACCUAAAAGGAGACAAGAAAUAUGUACAAGAUAUUUUAAAGAAAUAGAUUUUAGUAAGAAUAAUGAUUUGAAAAAACAAUUAUUAAAAGUUAUAAUAAAAACAUGUGUUGUUGUUACUAACAAUUUGUUACAGAAACGUGAAGGGGGGAAUCUUCAUAAAAUCAUCAGAGAUAUUAAAAAUUGUUUUUUUGAUAUAAGAGAUAUUGUUAUAGGUUUAGAUAUGUGGGAAAAUAAUCAUGAUGGAUAUGUUGAACCGAUAAUAAAAAAAAUAUUUGAAGAAGGGAAAAAUGAUAUGGAAAGGGAUCGAGUUUUAUGGUGGGAAUUACAUAAAAAAAUUAUAUGGGCAGGAAUGAUUAAUCAAAUUGAAAAGGAAAGUAAAGAAAAAGAAAAAAAACAAGAGAAUGUAUAUAUUGAUAUAUCUUUUCCAAAUAACGAAAUGGAUCAGUUUUUUAGAUGGUAUAUAGAAUGGACAGAACAAUAUUGUGAUCAGAAAUUAUUAAAAAUGAAAGAAUUAAAUAAACAAUGUUAUAAUAAUAAAAAAUAUAUGGUGUGUAAUAAAAAAUGUAGGAACAAAUGUGCACAUUUUCAUAAAUGGAAUGAUAAAAAGGAAAAAGAAUGGAAUGAGCUAGCCAAAAAAUUUGAGAACAUGAAAAAUGAAGGUAAUUAUAAAUAUAUGAAUAAUUUUACUCCAGAAAUAUUUUUAUCAUUAAAUUGUAAGACAUGUGAAUGUAUACCUAAAGAAGGGAAAUUAUUUGAACCGAAUUAUGAUGAAUAUGUUGAAGUAUGUAAGGCAUGUCCACACAAAAAAGUAAUUGAAAAAAAAAUGGAGCAGAAGAUAGAAAGUGAAAGUGGGGGUGAAGGUCAAGUUAGGUCGAGACGUAGGCGUGAUACGCCUCCUAUGAUAAUUGUAAAACCAAGUAAAGAAAAUUUUAAUGAAUUAAUCAAUGUGAAGUGUGAAGAAAAGUAUAACACUAAAUUGGAAUGUAAUAAAAAUCCAUAUAUUCAUAGUGUUUGUUAUAUGAUUACUGGAAUUGACAAAACAUCAAAUUGUCCAAAAAAAAAAUUUGAAAUUGUAGAUUUAGAUACUAAAUUUACUGAAUUUAAUAGUAAUUCUCAAAAUGAAAAAUAUGGUGUAUAUUAUCCUCCACGAAGAAAAGAAAUAUGUCUUGAUGUUGUCAAUAAUAUGUUUACAGAUGAUACAUCCAGUUGUUUAAUAGAUGCCUUUGCUUCUGUGGCUAAGAAAGAAGGUGAAUUAUUAUGGGACAAAUAUGACGAUAAGGAUAAAGCUAUGAUGGCCAUAAGAAGAAGUUAUGCAGAUUUAUCAGAUAUUAUCAAAGGUACAGAUCUGUGGAUCAACGACGAGCACACCGCAAAAGCGAAUGAAAAAAUAAAAGAAGUAUUUCAUUUAGGUGGAGAAAAAAGAGGGGAUGGAAUGACACGUAAAAGGUGGUGGGGUAAAUAUAGGAAGGUAAUUUGGAAAGGAAUGUUAUGUGGAAUUCAAAAUAAGGUUAAAGACGAAAUUUCAAAAGAAGGAUUAUGUUUUAUUCAUGAUGAUUUUGAUGAAAUACCUCAAUCAUUGAGAUGUUUUGUUGAAUGGACUGAACAAUUUUGUGAGGAAAGAUUAAAAAAAAUUCAGGAAUUUAAGAAGAAAGUGGAUGAAGAAAACAAACCUAAAAGUUGUAAAGAAUUAGAAUCAUGUAAUGCACCAACUGGAGAAUCAUGCAGAGAAGCAUGCAAAUCAUACAAAGAAUGGACAGAUAAAAAAUUUAAAGAGUACAACCAACAACUUAAUAAAUACAAUUAUGAUAAAAAUAAAGGUAAUUAUGAUGCUAUAGACGAUGCUAAUAGUGAUAGCGCUAGUCAAUAUUUAUUAAAAAAAUGUACAAAAUGUAAUAUGAAAGAUAUUGACAAAGAAGCAUUUGGAUAUCCUGAAGGGUACGAAAGUAUAUGCAAAUGUUUUGAAACUAAUAUUGAGAUAAAAAUAAAUGAUUCCGAGGAAAGUUCUGUUGGAAGGGAAGAAACUCAAAAAGAUAUGGCAGGUCAAGAAGAUAAUAGUGCACCGGAUAUAACUACGCAAGAUGUAUCUCCUACAAAUUCGACAAUAGAUGGAAGUGAGAAUGGGAAUAAGGGGAUUGGACACAUAUCUGUUGAAAAAAAUGACCUUUUGAAUGUUAAAGUUCCAACCUUCUUAACAGCCUUAGGUGGUAUAAUUCUUUUAGUAACAUUAUUAUACCGGUAUACCUUUUUGGGCUUAUUGUUUGGAAGAAAAAAGAAAGAUGUUAAGAAAAAAAAGAUCGAUAUGAUAAAUAUAUUACACAUUCCUACAAAUAAUUAUAGCAUGCCAAAUGAAAAAGAUAUAAACAGUUAUGAAUUUUUUGGAUCUGAACCUAUUGAAUUAUAUGAUGUAAAAUCUAAUAAGAAUUGUGUUAUAACUAGCCAAUCUUAUAUUUGUAUUGAAAACCCGCAUGCUGCCAUAGUAUCCGAAAGAGAGCAAAGAAUAUUAGAAGAAUCCAGUGAUUCAGAUACUUAUUAUGAAGAUGAAGAAAUGUAUUUAGAGAAUAUGUUUCUAGGUAAUAAGAAUCCAAAACAUAGAACAUUAAUUGAAAUAUAUUUGGAAAAGAAUAAAGAUAUGAACAAUUCAGAAGAUUGGUCAAAGAGAAAGGUUCCAAAGAAUACUACAUGGUUUGAAAUAUAUAUGAAAGGAAAGGAUAAUGGCGAAGAGGAUAUUAAUAUAAAAAAUGAUAAAGAUAAAAUUGGUGAUAAUAAUAAGUAUGAUAGUAUGUAUUAUGAUGAUUAUGAUCAAUAUAAUAGUAUUGAUUACAAUAAAGAUAAUAUGGACGAUUACGUUUAUGAUGAACCUAACAAAUGUAAUGAAGAAGAAAACAUAGGAAAUAUGGAACAUUUACAUGAUAUAUUGAAAAAGAAUACAGAUGAAUUAUUAGAUAUAUUUAUUGAGAGUUAUAAUAGAAAAUUGUGUCAAGGUGAAUAUGACAUGAAUGAAUAUAAUAAUAUUUUAUACAUUUUAGAAAAUAAAAAUAAAACAAAAGAAGAUGAUCAGAAUGAUGUUGUUCAUGUGAGAGAAGAUAAUAAAAAUGAUAUGCAUGAGGAAAUUACGAAAAGGGUGGAAGAUACUUUGAGUAAUAAUAUAUGCGAUAAGAAAAAAAAGAAAAAGAACAAAAAGAAGAAGAAGAAGAAAAAUAAAAAUAUAUCAAUAUGUAAAAAUACAUGUGAUCAAAAAUUGUUAUGGGAAGAAUGGUUUAAUCGUAAAAAUGAAGACUUUCUUAAUUCUAUGAAUGAAGAAUAUACGCAUAUUAAUUUAAAUAACUUUAUACAUAAUAAUAACCAUGAUAAUGACGAAAAUUAUACAUUAGAUCAGGUGGAAGGAUAUCCUAUGACUAGUUAUCAAAAUAAUAUAUACAAGGAUUUUUUAGAAAAGGGAGUUCAUUAUUUCGAAGACAUAAAUAAUAUACUGAAGGGUAACCUAAAUGACGAUAAAACACAUAAUGGUAAUUAUAAUGGUGAUGAUAUUAUGAAUAAUAAUAAUUAUUAUGAUGAAGAUUAUGCACAUGAUAAGUAUCUCGGUUUGACCAAUGGAAAAAGAAAAUAUAAAAUAUUGUGUGAAGAAACACGAGAAGAAUGGAAUGUUAUGAAUGAUGGAGAUGAAGAUAAAAAGAAAGUGAACACACCUUUACUAAAAGUAAUACCACUUAAUGAUAUCAUAAAUGAAAUGAAAGAGGAUAAAAAGAAUGAUAAAAUGAGAAAGGAAGAUGUGAAUAAAAGUAGUGUCAAAAAGGAAAAUAAAAAAUGGUCAGGAAAUAGUAAUGAUAUUGAAUAUGUUGAUGAUAGUAAUGAGAGUGAUAAGAGUGAUGAUAAUGAUGAGAGGGAUGAUGAUGAUGAUAGUAAUGAUAAUGAUGAGAGUGAUGAUAGUAAUGAGAGUGAUGAGAGUGAUGAUAAUGAUGAGAGUGAUGAUGAUGAUGAGAGGGAUGAUGAGAGUGAUGAUGAUGAUGAGAGGGAUGAUGAGAGUGAUGAUAAUGAUGAUAGUAAUGACAAUGAUGAGAAUAAUGAUAGUAAUGAGAGUGAUGAUAAUAAUGAGAGUGAUGAUAAUAAUGAGAGUGAUGAUGAUGAUGAGAGGGAUGAUGAGAGGGAUGAUAAUGAUGAUAAUGAUGAUAGUAAUGAGAGUGAUGAUAGUAAUGACAAUGAUGAGAGUAAUGAUAGUAAUGAGAGUGAUGAUAAUGAUGAUAAUGAUGAUAGUGAUAAUAGUAAUGAUAGUAAUGAGAGUGAUAAUAGUAAUGAUGGUAAUGAGAGUAAUGAUAGUGAUGUUUGUGAUGAUAGUAAUGAGAGUGAUGAUAAUAAUGAUAGUCAUGAUAAUGAUGAGAGUAAUAAUAGUAAUGAUAGUGAUGUUUGUGAUGAUAGUAAUGAGAGUGAUGAAAGUGAUCAUAGCAACGAUUGUGAUGAUAGUAAUAAUAGUAAUGAUUGUGAUGACAAAAAGUGCACAUUAAUUAUUCCUCCUAAAUAUCAUAAUAGUAAUAUAAAAGAAAGUAAAAAGUAUAAUCCAUAUGAUAUUAUAUCACCCAAAAUAUAUAAUGAAAUAUUAGAAAAUGAUGGAUAUAACAAUGUUUGUUUUUAUGAUAAAAAAGAAGAAAAUAGAAUAAAAGAAAAUGCUGAUUGUACUUCAGAUGAUAAUAAUUGUAAUUUAAAAAAUGAUGAUUUUUCUAACUAUGAUAAAGUUAAUUAUGAUAGUAAUAAAGAUUUGAAACCUUUAAAUAUUUCAGAUGUGAUAAAUAUAUGUGACAUUUGUAAUGAUAAAAAAAGAAAAUGUAACAAUCUACCUUGUGAUUGUAUCUUAUGUAAAAAAAAGCACAAUGUUUGUUAUUGUAAUAUGUGUAAAAAGAAAGAAAAAAAUAUGAGAGAAGAUUUAUCGGUUGUAAAAUAUAAUGAAUAUCCGAUUAGUGUGUCUGACCCUUUGAAUCUCUUAUAUUUUUUAAUAUCUCGAAAAAUUUGGAAAGCUGUAAAAUAUUUUUUCUUUUUUUAUUAUUUAUUCAAGUAUACCCUUUUGAAAUUAUUCUUUGAACGAUCUAGAAAAAGGCCAACACAACAAAUUAUUAUUACAAGGAAAAAAGAAAAAACUCAAGAGAUAUGUUUUCAUCCCAUGAAAAAAGAAAAUAAAGAGGUAUAUGGGAAAUGUAAAGAUGAAUCCCAUAUGAUAGAUAAGAAAAAAUGUAUGUGUGUUGAUUGUAAUUAUAAGAAUUGUAAUACUCCGUCAGAUAUUCAAAAUGAAUGUAUUUGUUCAAAAAUAAAUGAAGAUAGAAAUAAUGAUAUGAUAAACAUAUCUGAAAUAUAUUAUCGUUUCAUUAAAUUUAUAACAAUGAUUGAAAUAUAUUUGUGUGUAAUAGAGGAAAUUAAAAGGGAAGAAUGGGAAAAAAAGGAACCAAACUUUUUCAUAAUUUUUGUAGAAGAAAUUGAAAAAAUGAACGAUAUAAAAGAUGAUAUAAAUAAUAAGAACAACGAUGCUAUUAUAUUCUAUGGUCACCGAGAUAAGAAAAAAAAAAGAAAAAAGAAAAAAAAGGAAAUAAAUAAUUGUGAUGAGAAUUGUAAUAUUAAUUCCAAAUAUAACAUAAAAGAUAAUGAAGAAAAAGUUAAUAAAAUAAAAAAAAAAUAUGAAAGAGGGGGGAAAAAAAAAGUGAAAAUUCCUAAAAGUAAUGAACAAUUAAUUGAUGAGUGCUUAAAAAAAAGAAAUGAUUUAAUGAAGAAUAUUUAUGAUGAAAAGAUACAUAGAAGGAAUCAUAAAUGGUAUGAUGAAAAAAAUGAAAAAAGAGAAGAAACAAGGAAGAAAAAACAAUUAAAUGAGUGUAAUAAUAAGGAUUAUUACUUUCCACUGGAAAAUAAAAGAAAUGUUAUUUUUUUAAAUAUAUUCAAUAGAUAUAAUAAAAUAUGGAAAGAAUUAAUAAACAAAAAGAACUGUAUGUUGGAAUUGUGGAGAAAAGAAAAAUGGUUCCAAGAAUUAAAAGAAAGAUGGAUAAAUGAAGAAAAAUAUAUUUUAUAUGAACAAGAAAAAGAUAAAGAUAAAGAUAAGGAAAAAUGCCUGAACGAGUCAGGUGAUAAAAAUGAAAAUUUGCACACAGAAAAAAAAAAAAAAAAUAUAAACAGUAUAAGAGAUAAUAAUAAUGAUUAUUAUGAUAAUGUUGAAAACAGAUUUUUAAAAAGGAAAGAAAUAGCAUGGAGAAUAAUUAUACAAAACAUUUUAUUAAAUAUAGAAAUGUGGGAUAAGUAUGAAUGGUUUAAUGUGUUAGUAGAAGAAAAAGCAAGCUCAUUUGAUAUUUUCCAGUUGUUUGAUUUUAAAAAUGAUGUAUAUUUUUUAGAUGAUAAUUUGUUCGACAAGGAUAUGGUAUAUUGUACAAGUACCAACAAUUAUGGCGUUAUGGGAAAUGAUAAUGAUGAUGAUAAAAUAAUAAAAAUACAAAAUUUAAAUGAGAAAUUAAAAAAUGGAAAAGCUGAAUUUAAAGAUAUAUUAUUAUAUUUAUAUACUUACAUGUUGGAUGAUUGUCAAAGAGAUGAAUUAAUAAAAGAGAAGGAAUUGUUUUUAAAAAUAUGUACAGAAGAGAUAAUAAAAAAGGAGGAAGGAAAUGAAAAAAAUAAUAUAUAUACACAUCAAAAUAUUUAA